UCCGAGAUUUGAGUUGUUAAUCGAUCAUUCCGGCGGCGUAUGGAUAGCUCUCAUCUUCUUCUCGACUAUCGUUCUCUUCUGAAGCCAUGGAGUCUAUUCUUGUGAUUAAGGUUAAAUAUGGAGUGAUGCUAAGGCGUCUCAGUGUUAGAAUCCUCGAAAACAAUAAGCUGGAUCUUGACAUCAAUGGAUUAAGAGCAAAAGUACUUAGUCUCUUCAAUUUCUCCUCUGAUACUGAUUUUACACUGACUUACAUUGAUGAAGAUGGUGAUACAGUGACCUUGUUCAAUGAUGAUGAUCUACAUGACAUGAUGAGGCAACAGCUGAGGUUUCUGAGAAUUGAUGUUCAUCCUAACCAAUCCCAUGAUAGAUCCGAUGGAAGCUCAACCACGCCAUUGCGUUCGUUUCAAGAUAUUUGUACUGAUAUUUCUGAGGUUGUGAAAUCUCUGCCAGAGCCCUUACCGGAGAUUUGUUCACAGUUGCUCAACAUCGCUUCAAAAGCCUUAGUUACUGGCCCUGCACUUGAUGAGCUUGUUCAAACCAUUCUUCAGUUGAAAGACGCGCACCUGAACUCAGAUUCGCAGCCCUCAUACGUUCCCGAGACAGUUGUGGCCACUGAGAGUUCUGAUGCUCCUCCUGGUUUAGAUGCAACUGCUUCAGUUGAUCAUAAUGCCCUUCCUCGUGAUCCUAUUUGGAAAUCAGAUACUACUGCCCAUUGCAGGAGCUGUUCCUUUGAUGCAUUUCAUGAUCCCCUUCGUAGAAUGCGUAUGAACGGUCCUACGUCGAUGCACAAUUACCCAUAUCAUUCACCAGCAGCAGGUUAUCUGAAUGAUAAUCUUAUGAAGGAGAGGCCUAUGAGAGGAUUACCCAUGGUUUCUGGACCAAUUAGCCAUAGUGGUUACUUCCAAACUAUGGGAAAAGUCUUCCCUGGAGGUCCAAUGAAUUACAGCAGUGGCAGCAGCAUUGAAUCAAUGGGAAGUAUGUUCCAUAAAGGUAUUAUUUGUGAUGGCUGUGGAGCUCAUCCAAUCACCGGUCCACGGUUCAAGUCCCAAGUGAAAGAUAAUUUUGAUCUAUGUAGCAUCUGCUUUGCUAAAGUGAGCAAUGUGGCUGAAUACGUUAGGAUCGAUCGUCCCGUCUCUUGUCAGUAUCCAAGAAUGAAAGCAUUCAAUCCUGUUCUUAUGCAGCAGCAGCAGCAUCCAUUUCCUGGCCCCCGAACAAUCGAUACACUGAAAAGUUCUGGAAAGCAGACCAAAUUUUUAGCUGAUAUGGAUGAUUCUGUGAUCGCCCCAUCUACGCUGUUUACCAAGAAAUGGCAGUUGCAUAACCUCGGGAGUUCGAAUUGGCCCCGUGGUACACAGCUAGUGUGGGAUGAAGGAGACAAGUUAAGUGAUUCAACAUCAUUUGAGAUACAGGUACCUGCUGGUGGACUUCCUCCGGGACAUCAAAUUGAUAUUGAAGUUGACUUUACUUCCCCUCCAUUAUCUGGUCGGUACCUCUCAUACUGGAAGGUAGUAUCUCCAUCUGGCCAGGAAUUCGGGUAUCGCGUUUGGCUUCUCAUACAGGUUGAUGCAGCUCUUAAGAGGCCACAUUCUGAUAAUCUCCAAGCUUUGGACUUAAAUUUGCCCCCUAAAGUUGUAGACUCAAAUGGCCAAGAAGAUCUAAACAAGGAUUUGGAUACUCUACUUUCUGAUAAGCUUUUCCCUCCUCGUGAUUCCAUCCCCAUUGCCAAACCAGUAAAACCUUGUCAUAAUCUGCCUAAAACUGUGAUCGAGCAACAACAUGAUAUGAUCGACGAGUUGCUAGUUCGCAAGAGUUCUGCUAAUGGCCAAGAUCUAAACAAGAAUUUGGGUACUCUACUUUCUGAUAAGUUUUUCCCUCCUCGUGAUUCCAUCCCCAUUGCCAAACCAGUAAAACCCUGUCAUAAUCUGCCUGAAAAUGCAAUCGAGCAACAACAGGACGAACAGGAGAUCGACAAGUUGCUAGCUAGCAAGAUUCCUGCUAAUUUGGUCUCUUAUCCAACUGUUGAUUACCAUGGAGUUCGAGCUAGUUCAACAACCAAGGCUCCCUCUGUGUCAUACCCUCAUAUUGAUUCUUCUGAACUAAUUCCACCUGCUGCAAACCUAUCUCCAAGACCAUCCCCCAUGGCUUCACAUUCUCCAGCAUUAUCUGAAGAUAUCAGUUUUGAUCAUCAUAUCCAAGGACCUCUACUUAAGGCACUCUGUGAAAUGGGAUUCAAACAUAUCUAUCUGAACAAGGAAGUACUGAAGAGGAAUGGGUACAAUCUGGAGAAGUCAGUGGAUGAACUCUGUGAGAUUCCUGAAUGGUAUCCGAUGAUUCAGGAGUUGGAUAAAAUGGGAUUCAAGGAUAAGGAAAUGAACAGAAAACUCCUGAUGAAGAACAAUGGCAGCUUGAAGCGAGUAGUGAUGGAACUUUUGAUGAAGAACAAUGCUUAGUUGAAGAACAACGCUCUCAUAACUAUGGAUCAGGAUGUAAAUAUGGAUGAUAAAUAAGAGGGGUAGUGAUUUUGUUAGGAACAGGAUUGUUUUUAUGCUUAUUUCUAUGGUUGUUCUUGGGCCUUUUUCUGUUUUUGUUCAUCUUCGUGUCGUAGUUGCUCAGAAAUUUGAGCCGUUUUUGUAGCAGAGAAAUUAUCAAGUAAAAGAAACCUUGAAACC